AUGACUGCUAAUACCAAGAAACCAGCUGCUGAGCCAGCUUACACUUCUGCCCACAAUGAUCUACGGUCCGACACUUUCACCACGCCAACCAAGGAGAUGUUGGAUUCUGUUUUCGCAGCUUCCAUCGGUGAUGCUGUCUACAACGAAGAUGUGGACACAAUCGAGCUAGAAACUACUGUAGCUCAUUUGGCUGGUAAGGAAGCUGGUCUAUUCUGUGUGUCUGGUACUUUGUCUAACCAGAUUGGUCUAAGAACCCACCUAUUGCAGCCUCCAUACUCCAUCUUGUGUGACUACAGAGCUCAUGUCUACACCCACGAAGCCGCUGGGUUGGCCAUUUUGUCCCAAGCCAUGGUGACUCCAGUGAUCCCAUCCAACGGUAACUACAUGACUUUGGAAGAUAUCAAGGCUCACUACAUCCCAGACGAUGGUGACAUCCACGGUGCUCCAACCAGAGUUUUGUCUUUGGAAAACACAUUGCACGGUAUUGUUUAUCCUUUGGAAGAGUUGAUCCGUAUCAAGGGAUGGUGUUUGGACAACGACAUCAAGCUACAUUGCGAUGGUGCUAGAAUUUGGAACGCUGUUGUCGAGACUGGUGUCUCCUUGAAGCAAUACGGGGAAAUCUUUGAUUCCAUCUCUAUCUGUUUAUCCAAGUCUAUGGGUGCCCCAAUGGGUUCGAUUCUAGUUGGUGACAGCAAGUUUAUCAAGAAGUGCAACCACUUCAGAAAGCAACAAGGUGGUGGUAUCAGACAAUCUGGUAUGAUGGCUAGAAUGGCCUUGUGCUCUGUCAACGGUGACUGGAAAACAAAGUUGAGACACUCUCAUGAACUUGCUCAUGAACUAGCCGCAUUCUGCGACAAGCACCAAAUUCCAUUGGAGUCUCCAGCUGACACUAACUUCGUCUUCUUGGACCUACAAAAGGCAAAGAUGAACCCAGAUGUUCUUGUCAAGAAGGGUCUGAAGUAUGGGGUUAAGUUGAUGGGUGGAAGAGUCUCUUUCCAUUACCAAAUCACUAGAGAAACUUUGGAAAAUGUAAAGUUGGCCGUUUUGGAAGCUUUCGAAUACGCUAAGGAACAUCCAUUCGACACUAAUGGUCCAACCAAGAUCUACCGUAGUGAAUCCACUGAUUUCGACAUCAAUGGCAACCCUAUCGGAGACAUCAAGACCUACAAGUACUAA